CGCCUGCGUGCGACGGCGUGCUGCGUCGUUACUUUUGAAACGAUUGGCGGGGAACGGCUGAGGGUGCUGCUCCGGUUGCUGUUUGGCGGCUGGAAGCGCGUGCCUGGCUAUGGCGCUGCAACUGUCCCGGGAGCAGGGCAUCACCCUGCGCGGGAGCGCCGAAAUCGUUGCCGAGUUCUUCUCAUUUGGCAUCAACAGCAUUUUAUAUCAGCGUGGCAUAUAUCCAUCUGAAACUUUUACUCGAGUGCAGAAAUAUGGACUCACUUUGCUUGUAACUACUGAUGUUGAGCUCAAAAAAUACCUAAACAAUGUGGUGGAACAGCUAAAAGAUUGGCUGUACAAGUGUUCAGUUCAGAAACUGGUUGUAGUUAUCUCAAAUAUUGAAAGUGGUGAGGUCCUUGAAAGAUGGCAGUUUGAUAUUGAGUGUGACAAGACUGCAAAAGAUGAUAGUGCACCCAGAGAAAAGUCUCAGAAAGCUAUCCAGGAUGAAAUCCGUUCAGUGAUCAGGCAGAUCACAGCUACAGUGACAUUUCUGCCACUAUUGGAAGUUUCUUGUUCAUUUGAUCUGCUGAUCUAUACAGACAAAGAUUUGGUUGUACCUGAAAAAUGGGAAGAGUCUGGACCCCAGUUCAUUACCAAUUCUGAGGAAGUCCGUCUUCGUUCAUUUACCACUACAAUCCACAAAGUAAAUAGCAUGGUGGCCUACAAAAUUCCUGUCAGUGACUGAGGAUGAGAUGAGGCAGAUCACAUAGUAUGUAAUUUUUAAAUGUGGUUUUCCUGAAACCAGAUCAACUAUAUAUAGUUGAAUGUUUUAUUUCAUUGGUUAAUUGUUAAAUAAGGAAAACCGUUAUACUUUACUGAACUAUGUGUAAUUGUCCCACUUUGGGAGUGCCUAUUUGACUUAACCAUAGGAUUGACGUAGUUUAUUGCACAGUGUUCAGAGGGAGCCAGCAAAUUUUUGUCAGCAUUGUAAUUUAAUUUUUUUAAAGGUGGUAACUGUAGAUGGAAAAACUUGCUGUAAAGCUAAGUGCUUUCCUAAGUCAGACAUUUUGGUCAAGUGGCUUGACUCAACAUAUGUAGGGAGAAAUUUAAAUAUAUAAAAUAUAGCAAAAGAAGAAUGAAUAUUCAGGUAUAGAUCCUAAAAGUAAGUAAUGAUUCAUAAGUAAUGAGAUUACUUCUUUAUUAGGUCCUUUUGUCAUUUAUUUUAUUGUAUAAUUUCCAUAUUGAAUACAUUUUCAUCUAUUUUAAUUUAUGUAAAUUGAACCUAUGAAGCCAUGGGUGUUUCUAAUGUUUAAUUUACUAUGAUACAGAACUCUUAAAAUUUUUUGGUUUGUAUUUUAUAAAAUCAAGCUUUAAAUGAAAAUGAGGAAAUAAAGUUUAAUUUGUA